AUGCUGAGACGCGCCUCCAGGCAACUCAUCUGGCUCAUUACUGGCACCUCGUACGGUCUCGGACGCGACUUGACCCUCGCUGCCCUCAGGCGCGGCGACAAAGUGAUUGCCACUUCGCGUGCACGUUCUUUUGACGAGCUUGCAGAUCUCAAAGCGCAAGGCGCAGAUAUUCUCGAGCUGGACGUUACCGCGCCACCUGAGAAGCUGCAUGAGGUUGCAAAAGGGCCACCCGCCGCCGGACUUUACGCUUCGACAAAAUACGCUGUCCGUGCUCUCGCGGAGUCGUUGGACAACGAGAUUAAGCCGCUAGGCCUGCGUUCCAUCUGUUUCGAGCUCGGGUACUUCCGCACGACGUUCCUGUCUACCGAUCACAGAGGAUCGGAGAAGGCGCGCAUUGCGGACUACAGCGAGGUCUAUGAAAAGGUUCUCCCUGGCUUAGCAGCUCGCAACGGCAAGCAGCCCGGCGACCCGAAGAAGGGCGUCGAGGUUAUGCUCGAUGUCGUCCGCGGCGAAGGCAUCGCGGCGGGGAAGCGGGUCCCGUUUGCAGUCGGGCUCGGCAGCGACUAUUACAAUAUUGUAACGGAUAUUCUCGACGCGAAGAAGAGGGAACUCGAGGAGUGGAAAGAGGUCACGUACAGUACUGAUCUCCCUCCAGACGCGUGAAGGAUCUCCGUAUCUAUUAGUAGUGUAGCGAGCUCACUAUCUUCCCCUCGCUGAGGUCAAGCUCGUAGGCUAAUACUUGUGGCGACAGUGCGUUGGCGAAAACCAAGCAUCUAUUGCAAGCUCCAAGCCUCAAUGAGGAUCAUUUAUGAGCUG